CCUUGCUUGGCCGCGCCGCCACGCCAGCCAAGGCGGCUCGAAGCCAACUUAUGAAGGCAGUCCGCUCCGCCACCCGCUCGCGCAAGAAGUACGAGCACGUCGAGCUCACGCCGCUGCGAGACUCGGAGGUGGAGGACGAGCGCGAGUCGAGCGUGACGCAGCAGUGGCUCGAGUAUGCGUGGCGAAAGUUGCUCGCUCUGCUGUGGAUCCUCGUGGCGCUCGCGCUCGCCGUCUACCUGCAGCUGCCCGACAUUGUCCUGACGGGUGCGACGCGCGACAAGCCUCACCGGCAGAUGAAUGGCUUCCUCUUCAACGUGGCGCUGGCCUGCUUCGGCGGAUGGGGCUGCAUCGCAGCGUACCUCAUCGUCUGGGUCAAGUACGUCCAGAAGGACACACGCGAAUGGGAGGAGGUAUCGCCGCGAGCCAUCCCGAUCGCCACAAUCCUGGCCGUGCUCUCGCUCUUCUCCUUUUGCGGCGCCUUUUGGCCCCUCUGGGGCUUCCUCUCCGUUCCCAUCGUCUUCAUGCUGUUCCUGGGCGUCCUAAACACCGCACACUUUGUGCCGAUCUAGCACCUGGCCGCUCGAGGAGUCAGACCCAACCCUUCAUUUGAGCGAACGCCCCGGGCGCCGGUACUCUUUUGGUCGCCUCAUCCUCGUCUCGCCUCGUCGUGCCGGCCCGCGGGACGCGGGGCGGGAGCGGGCCGCCAGCGGGGACCGCGGACCGGGCCGGCGGCGCGAUUCUCAAAGCGCAGUUUCCAGCAUAUUCCCGAAAUAGC